AUGUCUUGGUCCCAGAAGACAUUCACUCUACCCGCUCGUAGUCGUGGCUCCUACCUAAUCACCGACCAUGUUCUGCAGGAGGUGCCUGAGAUUCGCGACUACAAGGUUGGCAUGCUGAACCUGUUCGUCCAGCACACAAGCUGCGCGCUUUCGCUCAACGAAAACUGGGACGACGAUGUCCGCGCAGAUAUGAGCGAUGCGUUAGACAGAAUUGCGCCUAUGGAUAAGAAGGGAAAUCUGUACCGUCAUUCGGCCGAGGGCGAGGAUGAUAUGCCGGCUCAUAUCAAAUCUGCUCUCAUCGGUGCUUCGGUGAAUAUUCCCAUCUCCAAUGGCCGCCUGGCGACUGGAACUUGGCAAGGCGUGUGGUAUCUGGAAUUCCGUACAAGCCGCCAUUCGCGUAAGGUGGUUGCGACCAUCCAGGGCCAGAAGAAUUGA